AUGAGAGCACAGGCAAGUAACAUCAAAGUUUCCAUCGCACCCGACAACAUCAAUAGCAUAAUCACAACCUGGUGCAAGACACCACUUUCUCCUCUUGGUGCUUUCUACUUAACACCUAGCAAGGAUGAUGCCAUACGAUCUGCCUUAAAUGCUAUAGGAAUCAAUGACAUCGAGAUUUUGGAUGUUGAGACCGGAUCAAUGGUUGGAACCCCAUUAAUGUCUGGAAACUCUAUGGAUACAUAUAUAUUUGCCCUUUAUGAUGAGGAUUUAAAACCUGGUCUAGCUUCUGAAUGA